AUUUUGAAGAGCACAGUUGGUUGUCAAGGUCGAGUUAGCAAUGACGUAUGUUACAAGUUCAGGUAAUAUUGUUGGUAGGCAACCAUGGGGUAUACGUUACUUGAAACAAAUACUUCUCAAUCUUUUCAACAUCAUUUGUCUAUUUAUUCAAACACUCUUACCUUUAGACCUUUUUCGCCAGAAAUCAUCUAAUCAAAGAAAUUCUUGGGAUGGAAGACCACCUCGACCACCUGGACGACGUUUUGGUGGAUUUGGAGGCUGUGCAGGUGCUCCAAAUGCUCCACCAAUGGCUGGUGGAGGAUGAGGUUAAACAGUCUUUGGAAUUAAUAGUAGUCAAUUACAAAUUCCAAAGACUGUGAAUCGAAUAAUUUGUUGUCAAACCUUUAGAUCCUAUUUGGGUAUAUGACGGUUGUCUGGAAAAUCUUGUCUGCAGAUCUAGACAACUUGAUGACCAAAUUGGGAUUUAUAUGCUUAAAACAUUAGUUUCUUUGUAAAAAUCAACCUAAUUUUUACUUUUAAAAUAAACAUCGAUUUUUUAUUUUCCAGAAAAUUUACGUAUUUCGUGUUUGCUUUUACGACUGUUGAUUCAUUACUAGUGCAAAAUAAUUUCUGAUAUCAGAGAAACUAUUAAUUUCUCAACUAACGGAUAAAUGGCAGUUUACUAUUCAAAAUGUUUUAUUAUCCCGAAAUAGAGUCUCAUUUUCGAUUCAGUUGAUACACUUUUUUUUACUUAAGCUAGUGAAUAAAUAUACUUGUAUGUACCUCUA